CCCGUCCCAGAAUGCUGUGCGGGUAAACAGACAUGGCUGGCGAGGGGGACCCGCAGGACGCUGCGCACGACAUGGGAAACCACCUGCCGCUGCUGCCUGCAGAGAGCGAGGAGGACGAGAUGGAGAUGGAAGUCGAAGACCAGGACAGCAAAGAGGCCAGGAAGCCAAACGUCAUCAACUUUGACACCAGUCUGCCGACCUCGCACACGUACCUGGGUGCGGACAUGGAGGAGUUCCACGGCCGGACCCUGCAUGACGACGGCAGCUGCCCAGUGAUCCCGGUGCUGCCGCAGGUGAUGCUGGUCCUCAUCCCCGGGCAGACCUUGCCGCUGCAGCUGUCCCGCCCACAGGAGGUCAGCAUGGUGCGGAACCUGAUUCAGAAGGACAGGACCUUCGCUGUUCUGGCCUACAGCCACCCGCAGGAAAGGGAGGCGCAGUUCGGAACCACCGCGGAGAUCUACGCCUAUCGGGAAGAGCAGGAGUUUGGGAUUGAGAUAGUGAAAGUGAAAGCAAUCGGAAGACAGAGGUUCAAAGUCCUGGAGCUAAGAACACAGUCGGAUGGAAUCCAGCAGGCGAAAGCGCAGAUCCUUCCCGAGUGCGUGCUGCCGUCCACCAUGUCCGCGGUGCAGCUGGAGUCGCUGAGCAGGUGCCAGGUGUUCCCCUCCAAGCCCGGCCCCGGGGACGACCGCUGCUCCCGUAAGUGGUGGCGGAAGUACCAGAAGAGAAAGUUUCACUGUGCGAAUCUGACCUCGUGGCCCCGCUGGCUGUACUCCCUGUAUGAUGCUGAGACGCUGAUGGACAGAAUCAAGAAGCAGCUGCGCGAGUGGGACGGGAACCUGCGGGACGACUCCCUCCCUGCGAACCCGAUAGACUUCUCCUACAGAGUGGCUGCCUGUCUUCCCAUUGACGACGUGCUGAGGAUUCAGCUCCUGAAAAUCGGCAGUGCUGUCCAGCGACUGCGGUGCGAACUGGACAUCAUGAAUAAAUGUACGUCUCUUUGCUGUAAACAAUGUCAAGAAACGGAAAUAACAACCAAAAAUGAAAUAUUCAGCUUGUCCUUGUGCGGGCCCAUGGCAGCCUACGUGAACCCCCAUGGGCACGUGCACGAGACGCUCACCGUGUACAAGGCCUCCAACCUGAACCUGGCGGGCCGGCCGUCCACACAGCACAGCUGGUUUCCCGGGUUUGCCUGGACCGUGGCCCAGUGCAAGAUCUGCGCCAGCCACAUCGGGUGGAAGUUCACAGCCACCCAGAGAGACCUGUCCCCUCAGAAGUUCUGGGGCUUGACGCGCUCCGCUCUGCUGCCCACCAUCCCAGACACGGAGGACGAAGUCAGCCCCGACAAAGUGGUGCUUUGCUUGUGAACAACGGGAGCCGGCAUCCAGCAAGCUGCUGCGGGGUCCUGCUGGCGGCCAGCCGAGUGCCGAGCAGCAGGAGGACGGCCGCAGCUCCCGCAGGCGGCUGAGGGCCCCCGGGACCGCCCGCUUCCCUAGUGUGGUGCCAGGACCCCGUGGAGCCUGGUGCUAGGUGGCAUGUCAUUGGUAGGAAAUCCUGGGACGCGAGGGGAGCCGCUGGAGGCCGCAGGUGCGAGGGCGAGUCCGGGCGCUGUGCCACCAGCCAGGUGCCGGGCUCGCGCUGCUGCUGUCUGCAGGGGGCGGGCGAGGGACCGUCCUCCGAAGCCCUUACCCGGGCUCUUCCCUUCCACCUUCCAUUCUCUGAGACACUGAUUUGUACAUUUUGAAAAUGUUAGUUAAAAUAUGCAGUUUGAGCCCCCAGAUGCAGUUUCACUUCCUUAGGUUGGUCAGAAAGCAGCCAGGAUUUGAGUGCCCAGUGUGAGAGGUGACGCCGGCCCCCUGCCCCGCGUGUCGGACCUGCCCGCUGAGCAGAGGCGCUCAGGGCCGGCCCCGGGGGCUCCAAGCAAGACACUGUGUUCCUAGGUGGUUUUGUUCAGUGUAAAUUGAAAAAAAUCUGUAAACUUGAAGAGCAAAACUGAAUUAAAAAUGUUCUGUUUAGGUCAUGUAAACUACUGCUCAAGCAGACAAUGUAGGGGAGAGAACCCUGAGACCAAGCUCUCCAUAGGCUGCUGUGCCACCUACCUCUGCGUCUACAUCUGAGGCUCUCGGCGUCUCCCCUCUUGCGUAACCGGUUUGCUGUGUCUUCGCUGCUUUAGGAAACUUGCUGGGAAAUGUUGGUCUAACAGGGGACGUGAGGCCGAAGCAGGCUUGGUCUGGUCCUGUCCAGACCUGCACUGUGCCGACUGCCUAGGCAGACGCCACCCGACCGCCCAGCGCAGAGAGGGCCCUGCGCAGCCUGCAGGGGGCUGGCGCUCAGCACGCGCCGCCCGCCCCAGCCCCUCAGCUGCCGUUUCCCGAAGUCUUGCUGCUACACUGGUAGCCUGGGUCUCUGCAGCCUGGUGGUUCACCCGCUCACACUGGACUGAGCGUGCUCACGGUGCCAGCUCUGCUGGGGCCCAGGGCACCGCCACCUGAGCCGACCAGGGAGGGCAAUGCAGCAUCACACUCGCCCCCAAAGGGUGUCCCGAAUGUUCCGUGUUGCUCACUGACACCUGCAAAUAAAAUGCUCUAAUAAGAAGGAACUUGCAUGUGCUACUACUGUCCAGUGUUGUGUCGAGCGACGUCUGGAGCAGGCAGCCGGCUCCCUUCACCUGAGCAGGGCUCCUGUGGCGUCGGCUCCGGGUGCAUCUCGGUGGGACUUCGGUCCUUCGGGUGCCCGUCUCCACCACCUGGGACUGCUGGGGGGUCUGGGCCCCCUUCUUGCAGGAGCUAUGGCUAGAGUGUGCACUUUCCUCCUAGCG